GAUUGCGCCUAACUUCAAGGCAUCUGUUUACUGUCUGUCACGAUCUGUCAAACGCCGAGGUCUGGCGAGCGUUUAUCGUUGUUUAUAAUAAUUACUUUGCCGAUCGACAAAUAACCUAAAACAAUGUCGGCGAUGUUGACUGCUGAUUGGUUUCCUCUUGGAAGGGACGUAUAUUUUCGCAAAUUCGAGCUGUACCCGAUAUCUUUCCAGCACGAGAUUUCUACCAAUAAUUUAUUAGUAGCGGCUCCUUACGGGGGUUCUAUCGCCGUCACGAGAAACCCCAAGAAGCUGGUCAAAGUUCAGGGUGCUAGCAAACCCCUGAUAUUACUGUACACGUCGUCAGGGAAGUUGACGGCUAAGCUGCAAUGGAGCAGCGGGCAGUUAAUAUCAUUCGGCUGGUCACAGCAGGAGGAAUUGUUAUGCGUGCAAGAUGACGGCAUGGUUCUCAUAUAUGACAUGUUUGGAACUUACCAGCAUACUUUUAGCAUGGGAAACGCGGCCAAGGAUACCAAAGUUAUUGAUGCAAAAUUCUUCACUACGCUGAACAGCACCGGUAUAGCUGUUUUAACAUCCACCAAUCGAAUAUUCCUGGUGAACAAUGUGUCUGAGCCUAAAGUCCGACCGGUUACGGACGUGCCAAGAUACGGAUCAAUUGAUUGCUGGUGCAUGGUACACUGCGACAGAGAGACGCAAGUAAUUCUGUCGAACAGAGAGGGAGUGUUUGUGAUUCAUCAGUCUCAUCAGAAUACAUUUCCACUUAACACUCUCUUCAACAAUAAGAUCAAUAACGUGGUAGCGAUCGCUGUGUCUGGUAAUAAUCGGCACAUUGCGUUAUACGCUGACACUGGACACUUGUACAUCGGUUCGAUAGACUUCAGAGAGAAAUAUUGCGAAUGCUAUACAAACAUCAAGGAACCUCUGGCGAAUAUAGCCUGGUGUGGCACGGAGGCUGUGGUAUGCAGCUGGAGCAGCACGAUAAUGGUAAUAGGUCGUACAGCCGAGACGAUAGUGUACAAUUACGAUGGCCCGGUGCACUUGGUCAGCGAGGUGGACGGCGUACGUGUAUUGUCGAGCAGCUCCCACGAGAUGAUACAAAAAGUGCCGAACGUCGUUCAAAGGAUAUUCAGGAUCAAUUCAACGGAUCCUGCCUCCUACCUGCUGGAAGCGUCCAAGCAGUUUCAGAAGAAGAGCCAUAAGGCUGACAGUUACAUAGAUCUAGUGAAGGACAAGUUGGACUCGGCGAUAAGAGCGUGCAUCGACGGAGCGAGUCACGAGUUCGACUUCGAGACGCAGAAGAUUCUAAUGAGGGCUGCUAAGUUCGGCAAAGGAUUCAGCAAGACUAUGGAUGCAGAGUAUUACGUUCAAAUGUGCAGGACUCUGAGAGUCCUGAACGCGGUGAGGCAUCCUGCGGUGGGCAUUCCGCUAACGUAUACGCAAUUUAAUGUUCUCACGAAUCAAGUGUUGCUGGACAGGCUGGUAGCACGGCGACAUUAUUAUUUAAGUAUACAGAUAGCGCGUCACUUGCAACUGCCUGAGAUUGACGGCGAAAGUAGAAUAUUGGCACACUGGGCUUGCUACAAGGUAAAACAGACACAAUUAGACAAGGAACAAAUAGCAGAGGAAAUAGCCGAUAAAUUAGGAUAUGCUCCUGGUGUCUCGUACAGCGAAAUCGCGAAAAGAGCAGCGGAUUGUGGACGAAAGCAGCUGGCUAUUAAAUUAAUCGACUAUGAACCACGUGCGCAUCAACAAGUACCACUUCUAUUGACGCUUGGCGAGGAGCGAGCCGCCUUGCACAAAGCUGUGGAAAGUGGCAAUACAGAUUUAGUUUACACCGUCAUUCUUCAUCUUCGUGAAAAUAUGACUCUUGGAGAUUUUCAGAUAUCUAUAAUGCACUGUCCCCUAGCAAUGGCACUGUACAUCAAGUAUUGCCAGAGCCAUAAUCGGGAGACGUUACGUGACAUUUAUAAUCAGUACGAUGAUUUUCAUUCGCAAGCAGUAUGGUUUAUCACCGAGAGCUAUCAGCGAAAGAACAUGAUGUCAAGAGACGCGUUGUUGCAAUCUGCUCAAGAAAACUUUAAACUGGCUCGAAGUGACACUAACGCAUCGUUAACAGAGGAACAGAUAAAGUUAUUGAAAUAUCAGAGAUCUCUGGAGGACACAUUGAACGAGUCCGUCGUGGGCAAGCCCCUACACGAUACUGUUAAAAUAUUACUAUUGCGCAAUGAAUUAAAAUUGGCGGACAAAUUACGAUCGGAGUAUAAAAUACCAGAUCGAAGAUAUUGGUGGUUGAGGAUACAAUGUUUAGCUGACCAAGGUCUGUGGAGCGACUUGGAGAAAUUCUCGAAAAGUAAAAAGUCGCCCAUUGGCUACGAGCCAUUCAUAGACGAAUGUCUGAAGUACAACGAAAAGUUGGAGGCAAGAAAAUAUUUAGCCAGAGUAAAAGAUAAUCUCAAAGUGAAGUAUUUGGUGAAGUUAAACAUGUUAAAUGACGCGGCUCAAACAGCGUUUGAUCAAAAGGACAGUUCAGCCCUUACAUUUGUGCUGGCGCAAUGUGGAUCGUCGGACAGACAACUGGUGGACAAGAUCAAUAUGUUCCUAACUGCUCUUAAAAAUUAAGAUUUAUUUAUUUUUUCUAAGUUACAUUUAUGUACAUAUAAUAUUCAGGUAAUCAAAACAACGCUUGGAAAUGUCUAGUGACUUUAACCCUUUGCACUCGACUGUCUCUUCUAAGGGAAAAAGACACGAAAAGACUGCAGGUAAUUAUUGAGAAAAACUUAAAAUGCAAACAUAAAAUUUGUUCGAACGAAUUUCUUGUCUCUGAGUGCGAAGGAUUAAGAUAAGUUCAGUUUAAUGAACAUUUAAAACGUGGAUAUAUCGUGAUAUAUUUUGAUAAGUAAUUACAUAUCUCGUUUACUUUCGAUUAAUCGUCAUCGAUUUGAUUCACGCUUUUCAUAAUCUGUACAAAAAUGUGAAUGUAAAAUAUUUGUUGUAUAAAAUAGUAAUAUUUAUAACU